AUGGCCGGCGUUAUUGCGAGGUUCUUCGGGGCCAGACCACCUGUUUCCCCUCAUUGUUCGCCUAUAUGGCCAACAGCUAUUUCAAGUUUCGAUAGUGGGCAUGUUCUUGUUGAAUUGGAGUAUUUGUCUCUUCGGUCACCUCUCUCUGAGUCGGAACGGGAUUUUGAAUUGUCCCCGUUCGAGACAGUCGUCGCAGUCGCAGCUCGAAGAGGUGAAAUAUUUCGCAUGCGCCCGGAGCCUUCAGCAGUACAAUGGGAGCUCUUCAGCGGGUUCAUGUGCGUCACGGUGGAUAUGAACUUUCAGUCUCGAGAAGUAGGAUAA